CGUAGGGAUUGGGAUAGCAUGCGGCGCUUCUGCUCAAUUUGUAUCAGUAACCACGGCAGGAGUGACGAAAAAGGUGUCACUUUUUCCGGAGGGCGGCCACCUAUCGAAGUCAUUCGUCGUCUUCUCUCCGACUCCUUCCCUGUUCUCCUCCCGGCCCGAACCUCCGACUUUGCCGCAGCCCUCCACCAAUUCGAUUCCUUUCCUCCGCUCGGCAGACCUGGUCGGUAGCGGGUUAUCAUCCACCGGCUGAUGGGUCCUCGCCGCCCGCCGCCGCCUGGUGCUGGGCAGGUCAGCCUGGACCACCGGCUUCGUCUGCACGCGGCCCCUGCGCGCGCCGCUACGCAUCUCCGGCAUCCUUUACCGAUUCGACCCCAUUCGGAAAGCCCUAGAAUUUGCGGAUCGAUUCGGACGUUGCUCGCAAAAGAGACAGGGAGCAGACGCCCCGACGAGUAGGAUCGACGGGUCCGAUCUCGUCUUCGAUGCGGAGAGACGCAGGGAGGGGGGCUUCAAAGGUUGGUUUGGGUUCUUGUAGCGACGACAGAGAGAAUCUUACCCGAAUCUAUUUGACGGUGUUUAGGAUUCUCUCCAAUACAACCGAGAAUCUUGACCCGAUUCGAUACGAUACAAUCCGACCCGUUUGACAUGAUGUUGCCAAGGGAGGAAAAUAAAACAGCGGAGUUGGAGAGCAGUCGCGCGUGGAACGAGGAGGAGAACGAUGGUUGUGGUGGAUUGGGAAGCGGUGUACAUGGUGUGCUCGCUCGAGUUCUGGAGGAUGGCCGUGUGCUGGACCCUCUCCCUCCUCUACUCCCACCUCUACCUCCUCCUCGCCCCGCGCCUCUCCGCCCUCUUCCCCUCCCUCCUCGGACCGACGCCACCACGCUUCCCUCGCCGCCGCUUUGCACCCGGCCCUUCCUCCCCGAUCCAGAGACCCCUCGGCGUCAUCACCGGCGCGAGUUCCGGCUUGGGCGCGGCCGCCGCAAGAGCCCUGGCAGCGGAAGGCUACCUUGUUAUUCUUGCUGGGCGUAAUCCUCAGACACUAACUAAGACUAUUCAAGAGAUCAAGAAACAUGACCAGAAUGCCUGUGUGGAAGCAUUUCAGGUUGACAUAUCAUCCAUUCAUUCAAUUAUGAAGUUUGAGAGUUCAAUAAAACAGUGGCUGGAGGAGUCUAAUCUGCAUCCCUCAAUUCAACUUCUUAUAAAUAAUGCUGGAAUUUUGGCAAAAUCCUCCAGAGUUACCGCCGAUGGAUUUGACCAGAUGAUGGAAACAAACUACCUUGGUGCAUUCUUUCUGACCAAUAUUAUGUUGCCACUGCUCAAGAAUAGCCCUGUACCUUCCAGGAUAGUUAACGUGACAUCUUUUACUCAUAGAAGUGUAUCCCAUGUUGACGUCAAUAUGGGAAACCUGGCCAGAGAAAAUCUCCAUUGCUUGUCUACUUUGGGCAAGUAUCAGUUUGCUCAAACCUAUGAGUACUCUAAAUUUUGUACUCUGCUAUUCUCAUAUGAGCUUCAUCGCCAACUUUAUGUGAUGGAUCCAGCUUCAAAUGUCUCUAUCAUGGCCGCUGAUCCUGGAGCAGUGGCAACGAACAUAAUGAGGGAACUUCCUCCAUCCCUAAAAAGGCUGGCCUUUUUGGUUCUAGGAUUCCUGCAGCUUCUGCAGUCUCCUGAAAUUGGGGUUGACUCUAUCAUGGACGCAGCAUUGGCACCGCCUGAAGCAUCAGGUAGAUACUUCUUUGGGGCGAAGGGUAGGACAAUUAAAUCUUCUCCAGUUUCAUAUGAUGCUAGACUUGCAGAGACACUGUGGCUAACUUCUUUCAAGCUGUUUGAAGAAUGCAAAGCAAGAGUAGUAAAUCAAUGAAAGCUUAACUGACUCAGUCACAUUAACUGAUUGAUGCCACUGAAGGUGAUUAUGCCUGUGGAGAUGGCAGCACAGCAAUACAGUGGGAGUGUAAAAGCUAUUUAUUCUGGAGCAAAGAUCAGCCUGAGUUACUUGUGUUUUCAUGAGAGAGUGCUUUCAACCACAGACACUUUUUCUCUAUAGCUUGCCUGCCUUGAUUUCUUCAGUUAUCUUGUUUGUACUUUGAGAAAUGCCACUUUGUUUCACCUCAACAAUUACCAUGUGAAUAGAGCCUGCUUCAUUCAAGAAAUUUUGAACUCACUAGUGUCCUCCUGUUUUAGUUAACAGUGAAUAACUCUUGAAAGAUGUUCAAAUUCUACUUAUAUGUGAAGAAUCAGCUGUUAUGAG